GACAGGCAUCCACACAUUGCGACCGCAAACCUCCUCAAAGCUCUCAACAAGGCUCUGAUAUGGAGCCAGCCACAGCAGACUAUGUUGUUGUAGGUGGAGGUCUCACAGGCUGCGUCAUUGCUUCCAGUCUCGCGCGUAGCGCUUCAUCGCCAUCGGUUAUUUUGCUUGAAGCCGGCCCUGAUCCCUCCGGUGAGCCUGGGACGGACACCAUUCUGGCUGGCCUUGGGCUCCUGGGUGGGAAACUGGACUAUGCGUACCGCAGUGAGCCAGUUACACAGACCGCCGGCCGUGUCCACACUUUACCUGCAGGAAGAGCCCUCGGAGGUGGAUCAAUUCUGAAUUUUGGGGGUUGGCUCCAAGGCGAUGCCCACGACUAUGAUCACUGGGGUGAAGCAGUUGGCGACGAGCGAUGGAGCUACCGAGGAAUGAAGCCUUGGCUUGACAAGGUAGAACAGCGCUUUGGGGCCGCUUCGAUCUCUUCAGACCCACGAAGAAAGUAUCCAUUGCGCAACACCGUCGAAAAUGCCUGGAAGGAGCUGGGCGUUCAGCGCACAGAUGGCGAAAUCGGUUCUAUGACUGGCCUCGCGGAGUUGAAGGAGAACUCGCGGGAUGGGCUUCGCCAGCCUUCGUAUGCCGCCUACCCGCUGAAAAGCGUCACCGUUUUCACCGAUGUGACAGUCCGCCGAGUGACCUUCAUUGGCAAGAAGGCCACUGGUGUAGAGCUGGGGGACAGUAGGAUCGUGAAAGCGUCGAAGGAGGUCAUCAUUUGCGCCGGAGCAUAUCGCACUCCACAAAUUCUGAUGCUAUCUGGCAUCGGAGCUCCAGAGAUUAUCUCCACCCACAGUAUUCCACUGGUCCAUGCCGCGCCAGGGGUUGGAAAUAACCUCUUCGACCACUUUGCGAUAUACAUGGCAUUCCGCCUGAGCGAUCCAUCUCAGAGUCUCGCACUCGGAAGCCCUGGGUGGACGCAUCCGUCGCUGUUCAAAGGGCUGCCAUACGACUGGGUCGCCAGCGAACGCGUGCCGGAGGAGUGGCUCGAGAAGCAUACGGAACACUCAGAGUUGCGGACACGGAACUUGUUCGAAGUGCUCGUGGUUUACGUUACUCCUGGGAUUCCGGGAAUUCCUGUUGACGGGACUCAUAUCGCAACAUCCACGAUGCUCCUGCUUCCAACUUCGCGAGGAACCGUGUCGCUCAGCUCGUCUUCACCGAAUGAUCCACCCAAGAUUCAACCAAAUUAUCUCUCCACCGAACUCGAUCGCGAGGUACUUAUGUACGCUGCUCGUCGCACGCUCACAGUGAUGCUUGGAACGGAGUCCAUGAAGCAAUGCAUCGAAAGCGAGACCCCUCCCGUUGGACCGGAGCUGGAAGGCUUGACCCCCCUCACGACUUAUGUCGCUGAUGAGGUGUUGUGGGAGCGAAUUGAACGCUCGGGAAUGCAGCAUCAUCACUCGGGCGGCACAGCGGCCAUGGGAACUGUAGUGGACGCAGAGGGUCGCGUGGUCGGCGUGGAGGGGUUACGGAUCGCCGACGCAAGUGUGUUGCCAGUUCCGCUUGGUGGGCAUCCUCAAGUGACAUUGUACGCUAUGGCUGAGCAGAUCGCGAGCUGUAUUAUAGGUUAAGGUGCUAUGUAUUUAGGACGGCGGAUAUCGUGUCGAUAUCCAGAGUGGCCCAAACUUUACAGGGGGGCGAUACCCAGUGUCGAUUUACGUCUGCACGCAGAACAGAGGGUCGAUAUCCAUCGUGCGCAGGGCAGAAGGCCGAUAUACAGUGUCGAUAUCUACCUACGCGCAGAGUAGA